GAGCAUCAACACAAGACCGCGGAGAGGAGACACACACACAACAACAACAAGAGGUUUUAACUUCAUCUCUCGAAUAAGGAGGACACGGAGAACAGAGCCAUGCUUGCUGCGUGUUUGGAGUCCCUCGGCCUCGCGCUGUGCGUCAUAGGCUCCCUGCUGGUGAUGGUCGCCUGCGGGCUGCCGACGUGGAAGGUGACCGCCUUCAUCGACUCCAACAUCGUGGUGGCUCAGACCAUCUGGGACGGCCUGUGGAUGUCCUGCGUGGUGCAGAGCACCGGCCAGAUGCAGUGCAAAGUCCACGACUCGGUGCUGGCCCUGACGCAGGACCUGCAGACGGCCCGGGCCCUGACCAUCAUCUCCGCCCUGCUCGGGGUCAUCGCGCUCACGGUGACGGUCGCCGGGGCGCAGUGCACCAACUGCAUCAAGGAUGAGGCGGUGAAGGCUAGAGUGGUGAACGCCGGAGGGGUCAUCUACAUCAUCAGCGGACUGUUCGUGCUGGUCCCGCUCUGCUGGAUGGCCAACAACAUCAUAGUGGACUUCCACAACCCGCAGGUGCCCCCGUCCAAGAAGAGGGAGAUCGGGGCGGCGAUCUACAUCGGCUGGGCCGCCACCGCGCUGCUGCUGCUCGGCGGCACCCUGCUAUGCUGCUCCUUCUCCCAGGGGGUGAGAGGCACCUACCCCAUCAAAUACGCCCCCACCAAGACCAUCUCAGCCAACGGGGACUUUGACAAGAAGCAUUAUGUGUAGACUGAAAGUCCACUUUGACACUGAGGACAUGUGUUGUGCAGCAGAGGCAUCAGAGUGAUGCUGUGCCACUGAAGAGGAGCUCAUGAGCCUCCAGGAGCCUCUGUGGGUGUAACUGUUGUACUCUGAGCAUGAAACUGUAAAUGUGGGUCCCUGUCACUGAACUGAAUGUCUGUUUGUUUUGUGUUUUUUUGGAUUUGUCAGGUAGCAGAAGUUUAUUCGUGCUCCUAAAGGAGUUUAAUCAGCUCGUUCUGCAUCAGGAGGCCACUUCAAGUGAAGCUUUUAAGAGUGUGGUAACUAACAAACUCAAUGGUUCACCGAUAAAAGCAGCCCAGAGAUUGAUUAGUGUUUGAUAAAGUGUUUUAUCAUGAGGUUGUAAUCGUGCCAUUGUUGUGCAGGUUGGCUCAAGUGUUGUGUGUGUGGCCCCUGAGAAGCAGCAGAGCUUAAUAGUUUCUUUUCUCCUCCGAAUAUGCAGCAGGCAGUGAAGCCUGUUCAGACCAACACUCCCUCAUGCUGUGAUCAAAGAGGGCGGGGGGGGAUUUACAUUUUAUAACAUGUACAGCGAUUUGUACUUCCUUUUAUUUUUUCUAGUCUUUUCAUAGAACCUACUUUUUAUAAUUUUUUUAUA